UCAAAGGCAAAAUCUUAAAGUUUGUCGAAAGGCCAAAUCAAAUAUCGUGUUUUGUUUUUGUUGCAAACAUGCGCAAUAUAUGACGUUUCGUAAAAAGGAUCUGCUACAGUCUAUCACGUGUAUGAACGUAUGAAUUAUACUUCCUUGUCUGUUGCGAAAUCUGACAAAGUGUUGAUUGAUUACGUUGGACUGUAAGAUUCGCAGGAUGUCCUUUAGUAUGAGCCUAGAAGCCACAUUUGGCAAAGAAGCCAAAAUUGGCGUUCAUUGACUUUGCUUUUGGGAAUCAUUAUGAGCAUCGAGAGCCUUAGCUUUUACAAAGAAGGAUUCUUGAAAAAACAAUCUAGACUUCUUCUCAAAGGAUAUAAGAAGAGAUGGUUUGUUUUAUCUGGAAAUAUAGUGAAGUAUUACCCAUCACAGGACACAUCUGAAAACAGUGUUCUUGGAGUUAUUGACAUGGCUAGAGUUGUAUCUGUCAAAGCAAGCAAACAUGUGAAACAUGGUUUCGAAAUUUCAACAGAAGCAAGGACAUAUUACUUGGCUGCAAAAGCAACUGAUGAAAAAGAUGAAUGGAUGAGGAUAAUUUUACAAUCAGUGGAGGCCACAAAGAAAACAUCAGUAGCAGUUUUUACAGGCACUCACUCAUCUGAAGAGGCGCCAAAUACAUAUCAAGUUGUAGGCAGCACAAACAGACCUUAUGUACCAGGCUAUGAUACAUAUGACAUUGUCAGUGGGGAUCGCCACUCUGGGCAAUCAAUUACCUCACAACAAUACAUCAAAAUAGGUGAAGCAAACAAACAGGCACCAUAUGGAGAUACAGCACCAACUUACCAAGUUCUUGGUGAAAAUGCUGGCACUGAUGCUGCAAAUAGUUCCAUAGCAGGAACAGCAACCUAUGAUACCAUUCCAAUUAGAACGGCCCAUGACAUAGAAGAGGCAGCAGAGAGUAUAUACGAUACUGUUGGUGGUACACCAUGUGCACCAGUUAAAACUCCAUCUCCAUCAACAAGAAGACUGCCCCUAAAUGACCAGGGUGCCUCUGAAAGGGACAUGUUCCACGAGAAUGAAGAUGGUUUGUCCCUGAAGAUGAGUUCUUUGAUGUCAAAGCUGUCUGUUGAAAGCCUGGAUAGCAUUGACUCACUUGAUCUAACUGAACUGACAGAUGAUGAAUUGCAAGAUGAUGAGACUGAUGGAGAGGUGAUAGUUGACAAUGGCAAAGUGAAAUUGGGGGAUGAAAGUGCCUUACCACCACCCCUUUUUGGAACAACAUAUGCAUGCAAUGAAAUUAGGAACUUUAUCAAAAACCAAGGGAGAUCUCCUGCAAAGGUGGAUUUUGCAAGAAUCUCAAAAGAAUAUAAACUUGAUCUCGAAACAAAAUCAGACUAUCCUGCUUUUGAUGCACUUAGAAAAGUGUUUGAUGUUUAUAAACUUAAGCCAACUACUUAGUUAUUGCCUUAAUUGAAGUAAUUUAUCAUUUUUAUGAUAUUAUAUAUCCAUUCUUCUUUACUGCUAGUGUAUUAUAAAUGUUUUACUUUUACAACUAAAUCUAAAAGCCAGCAAAAAACAUUUAUCCUUUGAGCAAACAUUUGACUCAACAAAAGUUGCUCUAUGUAAACUAAAGCAUUAAAUCUAAAGAAAAUCUUAAGGAAGGAUAAAUCCAUACUUUAAAAUGUCAAUCGUGUCGAUCUGAUUUUUUGCCAUGUGUGCAUUUUGGCAUGGUGAAGAAUUAGCGCAAGCCCUUGUGAAAUGUUUGAUUACAUUUAGUGGCACAAAUAUAGUGCAAAAUGCCCGCUAAAAGGCUUAAUGAACUUAAUUCCGCCAGAGACAACAUAACUAACAAACCCAAUAAGGUUACAAGCAGGGCAACAAAAAAGCAAAAUUGUGCUUGGCAUUUAAAAUUUACUUGAGUGGAUCAAGAAUUUUUGCAUUCCACUUAUCAUCCCUUACUACAGAAUAAAAUGCACCUGUGAUAGGCCCUUUUUGUAUAAAUGUCAAAACCAGCUCAGGAAAAGAAGACGAAUCAUCUGUUCCUCAGAAAAAAAAAGACGAAAGAGGGGGAAUAAUCGCCCAAGAGAGUGUAGAACACCAUCAUACAGGGCCAGCGAAACGUAUUUGAAAGUGGAGAGGUCAAAAUAGCAAAUUCUUGAAAGGGCUUAGGAAAGGCAGCCACCAUGGUUGGCGGCAAGAGAAAUUUUAGAAUUAUGAUAUCUUAGGGAUGGCCAGAGACUGUAUGUAAAAUGGAUUUUGACUGAAGCUUUUUUUAAUCUGCUUAAGCUGUUCAAUAUGUUUAAGCUUUGUUUAAUCAAUAUAUCCCAUUACUCUACUCCUUACAAUACCCCGUUCCUUAUUUAAGUCGUCUGCAUGGGAAGUCUCGUAUAGCUUGUUAUGAAACUCUCUUUUAGAUUUUCAAAUUACCCAAAAUGGAUUUAGCAAGAUGACGAAUGGUAAAUCUGUUCUGUUUAUAACUAAUCAACCCGCCUUAAUAAAUGAACAAAUUAGUUUAAUCAGCCCUGUCUUUUCAGCGGCUAAUUUGCCUUGUCUGAGGAGAGCCCGCACAAUUGAAGUUGGCCUAGGUAAUGGAAAGUUGGGACCACGUUGGGCACCAUAACAUUCGUUGGCAGGUAUUCUUGCAAAGCUCGCAUAGAUUGGUGCAAAAUUUAAUACACAAGUGUAAAGGUGGGUUGAACUUAGAUAGCCUGCUUCCCGAAUUCGGCAAAUUUAAGCCAACAGUCUAGCAUUUGGGAGAGUUUCAUGUUUCGUAACCGGGUCUUUGCUCCGAUAUAUACUCUCUCACUCGCUUUGGCCCCAGCAAAGUAAAAGGAACAUUUACCUCUCCAUUACUAACCUCGUAAUUAUGUACUUUAUCAAACUAUAUUUAUUUCAGCGCGUAGUUGAUUAUAGGUCUAUUUCUUUUGACGAUGAAGCCAAAAACACAAA